AUGUCGUCUGAAAAUGUAACGAUGAUGGAUGAUGAUACAUCACCCUCAACAGCAACUGAAUGUUUAUCAUCCUUGUCCUCCUCAUCAUUACUUGCAUAUUCAUCUUCAACGACUAAUUCAAGAACACCUAGUAUCAGUACAACAACAUCGAAUAAACGACGAUUAAUGUUAGUUAUUGAAGGUUACGAUUUCCAAUUGAAAAAUUUUAAUAAACAUCGAACAAUUAAGUUUUGGCGGUGUGCCAAUAGAAGUUGUCAUGUGCUUGUACAUACGACUCUUGAAAAUCAAUUUUUUCGUUAUGGUGGAAAAUUAUCUAGUCAUACACAUUUACCAAAUCCAUCUGCAUCCGAAGUAUGGAAUUUGCGUGAAGCAAUGCGUAAAAGAGCUGAAAAUGAAACAACAGCAUUGCAAAAUAUCGCUGAACAAAAAGUGCGGCAAGCAUUGCUAACAGCAGAAGCUUUAGUCAAGUUACCUCGUAUUAAUAAUUUGGGUCAUAACUUGGUGCAUCAUCGACGUAAAACAACUCCUCCAAUACCACAAUCAUCAUCCUUUUUCAUACCUGAAUCUUAUACAAAUGAUUAUUGUAAUAAAGCUCGAUUGUUGUUGUACGAUAGUGACGAUCCCAAAUAUCAAUUAAAUCAAUCAGGACAUAUACGAUCUGAAGGAAGAAUCUUGGUUUGGUCGUCAGAUAUUCAACUAAAUUUGUUAUUUAAUAGUCAAAAACUUCACAUAGAUGGUACGUUUAGUACAUCACCGCCACACUUUGAACAGGUAUUUAUUAUUCAAGCAUUUCUUCAGGGUUCAUGUAAGCUAACUUUAUUUCAUUAUUUUUUAUUAUAUGGUACUUUAAUUGAAAUAGGUGUGCCGGUGUUAUACGCAGUGUUACCCGAUCGAAAAGCAUCAACAUAUAUUCAUCUAUUUACUAUUCUAUUCGAUCAUGCCAAACGAUUGAAUAAAAAAUGCGAUCCUAAAAUAGUUAUGACAGACUUUGAACCUGGCCUUACAAAAGCAAUUAGUCUUGAGGCCAUUUACAGAAAUGUUCAAUCACUCGGUUUAGCAUCUGUCUAUUUAGAUAAUCUUAUGAUUCGUAGUGUUAUUCGUCGAAUCAUGGCAUUGGCCUUGGUGCCUGCAAAAUUUAUUUCAACAUUAUUUGAUAAUCUUGGAGAUGAUUUAAGUCAAUCUGAACUUGAUGAAUUAGCUCCGUUGUUCAAGUACUUUACCAAUUACUGGUUACAACCUACUUCUAUGUGGAAUGUAUUUGAUAUACCUGAUAAAACAAAUAACUUCAGCGAAGAUAUGUUAAAAUAGUAUGUCAAUUACAAAUUUGUGAUUAAUACGUGAAUAUUUUUAGGAUAUAAUAAUAGGUUCAACAAUCGGUUGAACAAAUGCCAUCCCAACAUUUGGUAUUUUAUCGAUGCAAUUCGGAAAGAGGUGGAUACCGUUCAUAGUUUAAUCAUUCAAAUCAAUAGCGGAAUGUGUCCUCGUACAAAACGGUUAAUCACAAGAAUUGCUCAAGAUCGGACCAAUGAGUUAUAUGAUUGAUUUAACAAUAAUGCAAUUACAGUGCAACAAUUAUUAGAAGAACUUUCUUUUUUUGUUCCAAAUGGCUAACUUAAUAAAACUUUCGUUCUUUUAAAUUAGAUUUCAUCGUUAAUAAUUUGAUCUUCUCUUGAUCAUUUUGCACUAGAAGGACAUUUUUCGGAUAAUCAUUUCUUCGGAACAUGUUGGUCAAAAAGGACAUUUUUUCAGAGGACCAUUUCUCAAGGACAUUUUAUACGAAGGACAUUUUAUAAGGAGGACUUUUUUUCAAGGACAAAAAACCAAGGACAUUUCGUCAAGGACAUUUUUGCAGGGACAUUCUUGACUGUAUUCUGAAAAACAACAACGUGUACUAUGGGCCAAGAUGCAUAUAAAUGAUGAUUUCAAUAAUACAAUAUUUACAGAUGAAUCCUCAUUCCAGCUUUUUCGUAGUACAGUUCGCCGAUGGACAAAAUACCCCAAUCAAAAAUUUAAAUGCUCAACUAAAAAGCUGUUAGCGCAAUCCCUUGCGGGAUUAAAAAUGUGAAACACGAUGGCUCUAUUAUUACUAAUUAAAUGGAAAUCCUUUUCUUCCAUUACGUUGCGAUACAUUUGUAGCUAACCGU